AAGGGAGGUUCGAGCGUUGCCUUUUUGACCGAGAGGUGGAGGAACGCGUGAGAACAGAGCUUCGUCUCUGUUUCUUCCAUUACUAUUUAAGUACUACGCCCACCCGACAAGCAGAGCAGGAGAAGACGCUGUAGGCUGUACCUUCCUCACUCUCUCUCUCUACCUUAUCUUCAACUAUGUGCCAGGGUACUAGAAAGCAGUCCCCUCCGCCGCCGGAGGAGGCCGUCGCCCUUCUUCUCGAGCUCUCUGCGGCGGAUGACCUUGCCACCUUUAAGCAAGCAGUAGAGGAAACCGACCUUACCCUCGACGCUGCCGCUCCGUGGUACUCUCGCUCGGUCGGUCCGGCCGCAUCGCCGUCGCGGCGGAUGGGAUAUGAGCUUCGUACACCUCUACAAAUCUCCGCCCUCUAUGGAAGCACCGCCGUCCUCAGCUACAUCCUCGACCGAAAAUCCGUCGACGUUAAUCGGCCUUGCGGCUCCGACGGUGCCACCGCCCUCCACUGUGCCGCUGGCGGAGGCUCCGCAGCGUCUCUUAACACUGUGAAGCUUCUGAUCGAGGCCUCGGCCGACGUGGACGGUGUAGACGCCAAGGGGCAUCGCCCCGGAGACGUCAUAGCCAAGCAGUUCUCCUCAUCGAUUGCGAGGGAACUCGAGGUGCUCCUAAAAGCCCCGUUCCCUACGGUUUCGUCUCCUUCUAACAAAGAGAAGAAAGAGUACCCUUCGGAUAUAACACUCCCAGAUAUCAAAAAUGGAAUCUAUGGAACAGAUGAAUUCCGAAUGUAUACUUUUAAGGUAAAGCCUUGCUCUAGGGCUUACUCCCAUGACUGGACCGAAUGCCCCUUCGUUCAUCCUGGGGAGAACGCUCGCCGCCGCGAUCCGCGGAAAUACUCUUACAGCUGUGUCCCUUGCCCCGAAUUUCGCAAAGGGUCUUGCUUAAAAGGUGAUGCUUGCGAGUAUGCUCACGGGGUGUUUGAAUCAUGGCUUCAUCCAGCUCAGUAUCGCACUCGUCUUUGUAAGGAUGAAAUUGGCUGCAAUCGGCGGGUUUGCUUCUUUGCUCAUAGGCAGGACGAGCUUAGAACGGUGAAUCCGACGAUAGCAUCCGUCUCAGGGUUAGGGCUUUCAUCCCCGAAGAUGUCGCUGAUGGGGGUCUCCUCGCUUGACAUGGCGACAGCUCUUAUGUUGUCGUCUUCAGCUUCAUCGGCAAUGGGUCCGUCAUCAGCAUGGAUGAAUUCGGCGGGGAGUUUGGUUCAGUCAUCGAGCAGCCGGAUGACUUCAAGCCUGAGCUUCAGGGAUCUGGAUUUCGAUCCAGACUUGAUGGGGCUGGAUGGUGUCCAGCAAAAAAUGCUUGAUGAAAUCUCUAAUGCAGGUUCUCCUCACCUGAAUUGGAAAGCGAAUUCAUUGAAACAGGUCGCUGGGGCCUUCACAGGGCACCAGAUGAAGCAGCAGCUGCUCACUGGUUAUGGAAGUAAUCUUCCUUCUCCUGGUUUAAACUCAUCUUCAUCCUUUAAUCUUGAUCAUUCCAUAGCGAAGGCUAUCGUGAACUCGAGACAAGCAGCUUUUGCAAAGAGAAGCCAGAGCUUCAUUGACCGCGAAUUGUCUUCUCGCCAUACUGUCCUUUCUCCUCCUCCUUCUCCUUCUCCGUCCUUUGGUCUAUGUGAUUGGGUUUCUCCUGAUGGGAAGCUUGAUUGGGGAAUCCAAGGAGAUGAGCUGAACAAGCUUAGAAAGUCUGCAACUUUUAACUUGAGGAGCAAUGAAAGUUGGCCUAAAGCUCAGGCCAUGUCAGGACCGGUGGUUCCACCUAUCAGCCGACCUGGCUUUGAGCGAUACCAGAAGCAGUAUCAGAACAAUGGUGCUGGAGACUACCUUUCCUGGGAACAACUGUAUGCGGAGCAAGAGCAAUUGGUGGCCUAAUCUUACUUUGAGAGAUGAGUAUAUGUUGAUCUUAGUAGCUCUAUAUUUUAGUUAUUUAUUUCUUUCAUUUUCUUCACAAUAUAUGGUCUAAAAUGACUGCCUCGGUGAGGAAGAAAGGAGUUCCCGAAGGGAGUUUAAACUGCUAAGAGGAAGUCUAUUUGUGUUCUUUCAUUUUUACUGAUCCAAAGGAUGGUAACAGAAGUUGAGAAUAACAGAGAUUUGGAGUUGUUUGGUCUCUGCUGAUAAAUCUUUAGCCUGUUUCCUGUAUUUUAGAGUUGUGUUAUCAGGAAUUCAGUGGAGUAUUUUAUAUGUAAAUUUAUAUUAGAAAUAUUAUGUUAUGCAGUACUUAAUGCUUAUUGUAUUUGUUUAUUCUUCUCUCA